AUGUCACCCAAGGUGCCAAGUGGGCAAGGCAAAGGGGAAUAUUCAGCAGUCCAGGUUGCGGUGCGAGUGCGUCCGCUGCUUCCUAAAGAGCUCCUCCACUGCCAUGAGAGCUGCAUCACUGUGGAUCCCGAACUCCAGCGAGUCACCCUUGGUCACGACAGACAUUUCCUCUGUGACUUCCUUUUUGAAGAAACCUGCUGCCAAGAGGAGGUUUAUUCUGUAUCAGUCCAGGCACUUAUUGAUGCUUUCUUCCAAGGUUUCAAUGCAACAGUGUUUGCUUAUGGACAGACAGGUUCAGGCAAGACUUACACCAUUGGUGAAGCCAAUAUAUCGUCAUUUCGAGAUGAGGAGCAAGGCAUCAUUCCCAGGGCUGUUGCGGACGUAUUCAAGCUUCUAGAUGAAAAUGACCUUACAGAUUUCUCUGUGCGAGUGUCCUAUUUGGAAGUCUACAAAGAGGAAUUCAAAGACUUGUUGGAGGUGGAAACUGCAAGCAAGGACAUUCACAUCCGGGAAGAUAAGGGAAACAUUGUCCUGUGUGGUGUAAAAGAAUGUGUAGUGGAGGGUCUCGAUGAGGUGUUGAGUUUACUGGAAUCAGGAAACACAGCCAGACACACUGGUGCAACCCAAAUGAAUCCAAACUCCAGUCGUUCCCACACCAUUUUCACCUUACACAUGGAUCAGCGACGGGGGAGUUUGCGUUUCUAUGGGAGCGGAACAGGUGGCGGUCCCCAAAUGUUGUCAUCCAAGUUCCAUUUUGUGGACUUGGCAGGAUCAGAGCGCAUCUUGAGAACGGGCAACACUGGCGAAAGACUGAAAGAGAGCAUACAGAUUAAUAGUGGCCUUCUUGCCCUUGGAAAUGUUAUUGGAGCCCUCGGGGACCCCAAAAGGAAAGGCUCUCACAUACCAUACAGAGAUUCAAAAAUUACAAGGAUCCUAAAAGACUCUUUGGGAGGAAAUUCAAAAACUCUGAUGAUUGCCUGCAUCAGCCCAUCUUCCUCAGACUUUGACGAAAGCCUGAAUACACUCAACUACGCCACAAGGGCCCGUAAUAUUCAGAAUCGGGCCACAGUCAACUGCAAGCGGGAACCGGAUAGGGUAGAGGGACUGGAACAACAAAUUAAGGCCCUCCGCAGAGCCCUGGAAAACCGUCAUCGUUCCGAGACCCGCAUCAUUUCUCACGCUGAUCCCAACAGGAGGCCACGACUUGGCGAAGGGGAGAUUAGCAGACUGCAAGUCCAGGGGGCCCACUACCGAACCUGCACCGACACUGCUUACAGAUUGCUACGUGAGCUGCAGAAUGAAGGCGUUCUGACCGCAGAACAGAGUCUGAGAGUCAAGGAGUGGCUCUGCUCUGUUGAGGAGGAACGGAGUCGACUGACAACCGCAUCUGGACCAGACAGCGGUAUUGACAACGGUUCUACAGAGGAAAGUGUUGCUUUACAAAGGGAGAGGCCUUCUGUCAAUAACCAGGAUUCUGAUUCUUCAGAGGAGAGAUGGAGCUAUGACAGUGUGAAAGAUGGAGAAAAGGAUGAGACAGUAGCCAGGCUUCAAACCCAGAUCCAACGCCUAGAGAGAGAGAAUACAGACUUCCUGGCAGCUCUGGAGGAUGCCAUGGAGCAAUACAAGUUGCAGAGUGAUAAGCUGCAGGAGCAACAGGAUCUGAUUGCAGAGUUGCAGUAUCUGCUUGCCAGUCCCGGCGUGCGCAGCUUGGGCCUUAAUUUGUGCUCACGGCCACACACCGCCCCAAUUAGCUCUAUGCAACUGAUCCAAAAUGGAGGUUCACAGAAUGACGAUCAGGAUCAUUCUCUCUGCGAAGAGCAGUUGAUCUCAGUUGGAGCAGAAAUUCAUGGGAUCAAAGAUGAGGGCGCUCAGUAUAACCAUCCCAGAGCGAGACAGAGGCAGGUGAACCAAACCUGCUCUAAGAAGGACAUGGUCCUCGGUGGACGAAUGAUGAGUGGAAAAGGGUUCACGUCUCAUCCACCUGAUCCUGAGCAACAUCCGCAAUUAAACAGAAAAGCAUCCAACUCCAGUAUGGGUGAGACAUCUGUACGCGAUGCUCUAAGAGGCUUCGAAGGGGUUUCAGAGUCGGGUCUUCUUCAGGCUCAGCAGAAGAUAAGAGAGCUGUCGGUAACUAUCCGCAUGAAAGAAGAGCUCAUCAGGGAGUUAGUCAAAACAGGUAAGGAUGCUCAGUCUUUAAACAGGCAGUACAGUCACAAGAUCACAGCUCUGGAAAGUGAGGCGGUGCAGGCGCGGCAGGAGCUUCACGAGGCUCAAAGGCAACUUCAGGAGCUGGAGAGGCAGGAGAGAGAGAUCAGCGCCACAGACAAGACCAGAGCUCAGGAAUGUCGACGAAAGAUUGCGGCCGCUCAGAGCAAAGUUCAGGUUCUUAGUCAACGCCAGAGGGAUACGGCCCAUCUUGCUAAUCUGCCUGCGCAAAGCGAGCGCCGUGUCCUUGAGCUGGAACGUAGUGUACAGUCCAUGAGGCAACAGCAGGAACUUCUGCAGAAGCGACUGCGUCAGGAAAGUCAGCAGAAACGUCGUCUGGAGACUGAGAUGCAACGCAGAACUCACAGAGUCAAGGAACUGGAGAUAAAGAAUGAGCAACAGCAAAAGAUUCUGAAGAUCAAGACCGAGGAGAUCGCCGCAUUCCAGAGGCAAAGACGUAGCGGCAGCAACGGCUCUGUCAUCUCACUUGAGGAGCAACAGAAGAUAGAGGAGCAGAAACGCUGGCUGGAUGAAGAAAUGGAGCGUGUGCUAGACCAAAGACGAGGGCUCGAAGAUCUGGAAGGCGAGCUCACUAAAAGAGAGGAAAUUCUGGCUAAGAAAGAAGCCCUUUUACAAGAGCGCAGUGGUCUUGAGACUAAGAGACUCCGUUCUAGUCAGGCUCUGAGCAAAGAUCUGGUGACUCUAACGGGACGCAUCGAGACACUUGAGCAUGAGCUGAGUGAGAGGAAUGGUCUCCUUCGCAGCAGCAGCGCUCAGGACUCCCAGCAGAUUCGGCAAGAGAUCUCCAACCUACGUCAAGAGAAAGAUUCCUUGCUUAAACAGAGAGUGGAGUUGGAUGAUAAAUUGCGCCAGGGAAACCUGCUUUCGCCGGAGGAGGAGCGGACCCUCUUUCAGCUGGAUGAGGCAAUUGAAGCUUUGGAUGCAGCCAUUGAGUACAAGAACGAGGCCAUCACCCAACGGCAGAGACAGCUCAGAGCAUCUGCUAGUAUGCUGUCCCAAUGGGAAAUGAAUCUCAUGGCCAAACUCAGUUACUUGUCAGCCUCUGAAACCAGAGCUCUACUGUGCAAGUAUUUUGACAAGGUGGUUUCUCUGCGCGAGGAGGAGCGGAAGCUCCAACUUGCACUAGCCGAGCUGGAAAUGCAGCUGGAUGAGCAGCAGCGGCUGGUUCAAUGGCUGGAGAAUGCACUUGACCGUGCGCAGCUUGACACGGACCGUAGGCUCACGCAGCAGCAGAAAGAGCACGAGAGGAGCGUGCAGCUUUUGCUGAAGCAGUGUCGAGAGCAAAUGGAUGAGGGGUUGGCAGGAAGGCAGCGGCAGUUUGAGGGAUGGAUACACGGCCUCAGCAAGGAGCUUAACCACUACAAGGCGGCAAAUGUGGAACUAAACAACAAACUGCGAGAGUUCUGCGGCUCGGUCAACCAGCCAAAAGAGCAGGUCAAAGUGGUGCCGUGUAAUGGUAAACCACUAGGUGUCUGCAGCAUGGACAACCAUGGGGGAAGAGGGACACCAGUAACUGAAAAACCUCCCAAAUCCAGAGAGGAAAUGAGGGAGCUGGUCAACGCCCCUCUGCCGUCCAUUUGGAGGCGCUCUUCUCUCCCCACCGAGGAACCGGCCAUCAUGGAGGAACUGUGCCUUCGGGCGGCCUCCGACGGUCCCGUCAACCGAGUGGUCCAAAGCGGACCGAGCUCGUCCAGUCUUCCGACGUCACUGCCCGCCAUGAAGUCUCGGAGGGAGUCCCGCCGCAGCAGCCUCAACGUCGGACCAAUCAAUUUGAACAAUACUUUGAUAGACCUGAGGAAGAAUGUUGCCUGA